CUUCUCUGGCUGCUUUAGUCUAUUCCUUCUUUCUCCAUUCUACGUCAAGUGUAAAACCAAGAAAGUUAAAAACACCCACCAAACUGCACCAAGUGAAGAAUCAAUCCACUCACUGCCCUUAGAAUCCUCCGUCAUUCGCCACAGGCAUCAUCUUGUGCAACAAUGCCAAGACCCUUCUCUUUUUUUUCUCGCAAGAAAUCCACCACUCUCUCUUUCAAAGACUACCAUGAAGAGUGGUUCAACACUCUCAAGAACACCCUCCUCCCUCCACUCCACCAAUCCCUCUCUUCUAGCUCACCCACUCUCCUCCCCUUUCAUCGUGAUCUCCUCCUCCAACACUUCCUCUCCUACUACGACUCCCUCGACCUCGCAGCCUCCAAUGAUGUUUCUCAAAUUCUUUUUCCUUCUUGGCGCAACUCCCUCGAAAUCCCUUUCCUUUUUCUUGGUGACCUCCACCCUUAUCUUUUCACCAACCUUCUCCGCUCAUUCAUCGAUGCAGCCAACAAUGAAGAACAUGCGGAAGUUGUUGGUUUCAAUGAUCCUGCUAAGGGUUCACUUCUUGAUAAACCCUGGCAGGUUUUGACUGCUUGGAUUAACCCAUCCCAGAACUUGAUCCUAAGACUUGAGCAGAUUGAAUGUGGCUUAAGGCUAAUGGUUCCUGCACUUGUUUCUAGAAUAAAGAAAGUUCAGGAAGCUUUUGUGGGAAGGGUUGCAAAGAAAUGGGCCGCCAGUGAGGGAAAGAAAAAGGCCCUGGAAGAGGCAGUAAAGGUAGAAAUGGAAGAAAUGUUGGGUGUAUUUGUGGAUGCUAAUAGGUUGAGGAGGAGUGUGGUCAUCGAGAUUGUUAAUGCAACCGACGUUUAUCAGGGUGCUUUGUUUCUUGAAGGUUUAGCCCAAUUUCUUGUUGGGUUUAAAGACCCGGUAUUGCUUGGUGAAUUAGAACGAUGCAAGACACCCAUCAGUGGAGGAGUUCACUGGGGAUUUUGAGGCACUGCACAUAUAUUUAUUGUUGUUUCUUGGUCAACAGUUGUUUGAUUUUGUAUCUUGUUCCAAGGUCUGGAUUCUGGAGUUAUGAGUUAAUUACCAAUUUAGCACCCUCUCCAAGCUUUUUUGGUUCAAUUGCUUUGUUAAACUGUUCUACUAAGGUCUAAUUUCAAUGGAUUUCCCUAUUUUCUGGCUGUUCAGGAUUUCAAUUUUCACAUAG